ACAACUUCCACAGACACAGAACACACAGUCCAUUAGACAUUCAAUUCCUUUUUUUCUGCUAAACCUCCCAUUUUAACAUUAAAUUCAUCAACCUCUUUUUACGGAAACUCACCGACCUUAUAAAGGAACAAAUAUGUUUUCCACUUAUCCUGGACAGGCUGUCAUCGACCACCCCGUCAGCGCGCCCAUCGAGCACCGCUUUGACCCUUAUGUCGACAAUGGCGGUACUUUGUUGUCCAUUGCUGGCAAUGACUUUUGUGUGGUAGCAGCAGAUACGCGACAGAGCGAAGGCUACUCCAUCAACUCGCGCUAUGUUCCAAAAUCGGUCAAACUAUCUGAUAAGACUGUGAUUUCCAUGGGAGGAUGUUAUGCUGAUUGCCUGACCCUUACUAAGAGGAUCCAGCAGAGCAUGGAGUGGUACCAUCACGCUCAUGGAAAGGUUAUGUCGACAGCUGCAGUUGCACAGAUGCUUUCCAUCAUGCUCUAUCAGAAGCGCUUCUUUCCUUUCUAUAGCUGGUGCAUUUUGGGCGGUCUGGACGAGGAAGGCAAGGGAGCUGUUUAUACCUAUGAUCCAGUAGGAUCAUACGAACGCGAAACCUGUAGAUGCGCUGGCUCUGCUUCAUCGCUUAUCCAGCCAUUCUUGGACAACCAGAUUAACUUCAAGAAUCAGGAGUCGAGGCAGCGCACAUUGACAAAGGACGAAGUCUUGCGUAUUACAAAGGAUUCAUUCACAUCCGCAACGGAGCGUGAUAUCUACACGGGUGAUUACCUUGAAAUCUUUGUGAUCACAAAUACUGGUGUCGAAGUCCAAAAGAUUGAUUUGAAGAAGGACUAAAUAAAAAAGCUUUAAGGAAUGUAGCAGAAAGAGAGGGAAGGAGGAGCCUUCUUGGACGAUGAAAAUGAAAUAAACAUGAUAAUCAUUAUCUAGGUCUUUU